UCGCGGUUCUUUCCGAUGGAAACACCCAUAUCUAGAUUGGAGCGGAUGAAAACGAUCGAUAGCCCAAAAAAUAAAAUCGAUAGUGACCGAGAAAUUUACCAGCGAAAAUAUCCGAUAGUCAUAUCGCUUAUAUUGCAGUACUAUGAGCACAUUGCCAUGUCCAAGCCAUCUAUACUAAUAAUAGAACCAUUUUAUGGAGGUAGCCACAAACAGUUGAUUGAUACAAUUAUCGAAUGUCUGAACAUCUGUGACUAUGAAAUAUUUAGUCUACCAGCCAAAAAAUGGCAUUGGCGUGCACGUACCGGAGCCCUGUACUUCUCGCAAAUCAUACCAGCAGACCAUGACUACAAAGUGCUCUUCACCAGCUCGGUACUAAACCUUGCCGAGCUGCUGGGGGUGCGGCCGGAUUUGGUUAGCUGUAAGAAGAUUGUAUAUUUCCACGAAAACCAGCUGGUUUACCCAGUGCGUGAGGUGAAGGAGCGUGAUUGUCAAUAUGGUUUGAAUCAAAUACUUACAUGCCUUGCAGCUGAUAAUAUCAUCUUCAACUCGAAUUUCAACCGAACUUCCUUCUUGGAUAGCAUCACACCUUUCCUCAGUAUACAACCCGACUUUAAAAUGAAGCAUAUCCGCGACAAGAUUGAGAAAAAGUGUGAAGUUCUGUACUAUCCUAUUAAGUUCCAUGCCUUCCCCAAUAAACGACUGAUG